AGAAGACUUGGUGUUGUUCCUCCCAAAUCCCAAGAUGGGAGUGGCAGCAGAGCAUGUAGGCCAUGUUGCCACCCUUAAGGUGCUAAAAAUGAAGGGCACGUUACCGCGACAUUAGGGAUAGCUUUUAAAAAAGGGGCAGAAAUGAUAUUAGCACCAGUAUCUAUCAAUUUGAUGCAUUAGUACUCAACACAUCAUGGUCAUAACAUUAUACAAGGCAGUUUCUCCGUCAAUUUCCUCACACACCUACUCUUAACUUAUAAUAAUUACUAACUCCACAAUUCUCCCCAUGGAGCGUUUAGAGAACGUGAUUUCAGACACAAUCCUCUACGAUCCCUCCAACAUAGGGUUAGGUUCCUUGGUGGACACUCUCCUCUCCGACUUGGACCAAACCAUGUCGUUACCCUCACACUACCAUCUCUCAUCAGACCUUCCCGAUUUCGCCACCACCGUGGAAGAACACUCCGGGAUACGACUCAUUCACACGCUGAUGACGUGUGCGGAUUCCCUGCAACGUGGCCACUUCUCAUUCGCUGCCUCCCUCAUCCAGAACAUGCAAGGCUUGUUGGCGCACGUCAACACCAACUGCGGCAUCGGAAAAGUCGCCGCCUGCUUCAUCGACGCCUUGCGCCGCCGCAUCUCCAACAAGUUUCCAGCAUCAUCCGCUUACGAGAAUGACGUUCUCUACCACAACUACUACGAGGCGUGUCCUUACUUGAAGUUCGCGCACUUCACCGCGAACCAGGCGAUCUUGGAGGCCUUCAACGGCCACGAUUGCGUCCACGUCAUCGACUUCAACCUCAUGCAGGGGCUCCAGUGGCCAGCGCUGAUACAGGCGCUGGCGCUCCGGCCCGGCGGACCGCCGCUGCUGAGGCUCACCGGCAUCGGGCCCCCCUCGGCGGAAAACCGCGACAACCUCCGCGAAAUCGGGCUGAGACUCGCCGAGCUGGCGCGCUCCGUGAACGUGCGGUUUGCGUUCCGCGGCGUGGCGGCGUGGCGGCUGGAGGACGUGAAGCCGUGGAUGUUACAGGUGAGUCCGAACGAAGCAGUAGCGGUGAACUCGAUCAUGCAGCUGCACCGGCUGACGGCGGUGAAGUCCGCCGUUGAAGAGGUUCUGGGAUGGAUCCGGAUUCUGAACCCUAAAAUCGUGACGGUUGUGGAACAAGAAGCCAACCACAACGGGGAAGGGUUUUUGGAGCGGUUCACGGAGGCUUUGCAUUACUAUUCCAGCGUUUUCGACUCGCUCGACGCGUGUCCGGUCGAACCGGACAAGGCUGCUUUGGCGGAGAUGUAUCUGCAGAGGGAGAUAUGCAACGUGGUGUGCUGCGAGGGACCGGCGCGGCUGGAGCGCCACGAGCCGCUCGCUAAGUGGAGGGAUCGGCUGGGGAAAGCCGGCUUCAGAGCCUUGCAUUUGGGUUUCAACGCCUACAAGCAAGCCAGCAUGUUGCUCACUCUCUUCUCAGCUGAGGGUUUCUGCGUCCAAGAGAAUCAAGGCUCUUUGACUCUGGGUUGGCAUAGCCGCCCCCUAAUUGCAGCUUCGGCUUGGCAAGCCGCGCCUCUGGGAGACGACGAAACGCUGCGUUUUGAGCAUUGAGGAACAGAACAGAACAGAACAGAUCACUUGUUUUUGUUUAUUCUAGUAACUAGUAGCAGUAGUAGUACACGGGAAGAGUGGUGAAUAAUAAUAAUGUGGUCAUUUUUGCGUAAAAUUCUUCU